CCCGGAUAUCCCAUGGAAGGUCGCAUUCCUCUUCGUUCUCUCGUCGUUGGAGAGUGGAAAUAUCGUUUCCAAGAGGCAGAGAACGUACAAUCAUACGGCGAACUCUACAUAUCAGAAGACUGUAGUCGUCUACAACUCGACGUUUGGGAAGAAGGCGAAACAGUAGAGCAAACGGACAGAAAAUCAGCACCUCUUGGCACAUUCCAAUGUACAAACAUCGCAGCAGUAGACCUCAGACUAACCAGCAAGUUUUCUGGAGACUUAGAUUCAAUGGUCGCAAAGUUGACAAUAGAGACCGAACGUCCAAUAUGCUUUAGGAGAGAAAACAAAAGCGGCGAUUUGUCUCCUCUAGCAGUCGGUUUCUUGGUGAAAAUGAGUUGCGACAUUGAUCACGUGUCACUCCUGCGGGACAUCUUAAAAGACAUUCGUUACAUGAAAUAUAAGUCGUCGCUUGAAGGUGAUGCCAGCAGACAAGACAUACAACGAGAGAGGGUUGAGGCCAUUGCUUGGAGAGAGGGCCUACCGGGUUGGGUGUCUUUUCUGCCAUGCUGGAUGUACUCUCGGAAUCUUCGAUUCGCAAUUGAACGAUUGAUCAUUGUGUAUACGAUCUUGUCGGUCGCCUGGGCCGUGUGGCAGUUGUAUAUCCAUGUGUCGAUCAUCAAAGCAGCACUUCAGCCUGUUGUUGAGCUGCUCAAUAUGUACCUUGAAUCGAUCGUCUUGUUUCUUGAUCACGUUCUUCAUCGGUGGACAGAUUUGUGGUUAUAUUAUUGCCAGCCACUGGUUGUCAUCUGGGCAUCGUUUAUUGGACCAGUGUGGAAGACAUUGCGGCUAGUAUCAAGGCCUUUGAUGAGAGCGACAAAGCCUAUUAUUGAGAGUCUGCAACGACUUCCGUGGAGGAAUGUUGUUCAGUUGUGGAUUCCAAUUCGUCAAUUCCUCGCUGUGUUGCUCGCUCCACUGGGAAAGGUGUUUGCCGUGCUGCGACGCUUUCAGGUGUCAUUGACUGGGUUUGAUCCAAUGGCAUUGCGUUUGAGAAUGGCAAGGCAGCUGCUGCUUACCGGUGUCAAGACUGUCGGACAGGGAACGUCCAGCCUGGCCGAACGGGCAUACAGAAAGAAGUUUGAGACGAAACAGUUGCAGAAAACUGUUUGCCCGAUGGUUUCGAGUUCGAGUAGGGACGAGACAUUAAAGACUGACUAAUUUGGCAAUAUGUCAGUAUAUAAAAUAUUAGUAAGAGCGGUGUGGCUGUUAUACAUGGGUUCACUGAAGGCAUACAGUAGAUAGACUCAAAGUAGUGAGUAUUUAUUGUGUAAUAUACUGGUGUAGUUGAAUUGUGCAGAACUAUUGAAUUAGGAAAGACUAUUCUUGAUGAUUGCACUUCAGCUUAACGAAAAUAUAUCUCAAGUAUGGGUCAUUUUGUUUUAGAGCUGAGCUUAAAACCAACUGUUUGAAUUCACUUAUCUCUUUGAUUGGCGAGCGAAGUGAGCCUCUCUCUUGUCAUGUCAAUUGAGUUCGAGAUAUAUUAUAUUUAUU